CCGCAAUCAUUUCACAGCAAGAGAGGAGCGCGACGGACCGUCCCGACGGGGGGCGAGAGGAAGGAAGAUGAGACACGUUUAACUCGACAAAACACUCGUGGAAAUAGUGGAAUUACUGUGAUUUUUACUUCGAGAUCGAGAACAACGUUUUGUUAUGAUGAGAGCGUGAGCUGGUUCACAGCUGAUUUAUUUAAAUCCUUUCACACUGAGAAAGAGCUCAACUGGUCUUUAGAGAGAAUAACAACGUACACAGAGCAGCAUGUCGUCCACUGAAGAGCCGUCUGGAACGGUCCUGCACAGGCUCAUCCAGGAGCAGCUCCGCUAUGGAAAUCCCACAGACACCCGUACCUUGUUAGCCAUCCAGCAGCAGGCCCUGCGUGGAGGCAGCGGAAGUAACAGUGGUCCCAGCAGUGGAGGCGACAUGGGCAGGAGCCCACGAUCCUCUUUGGAGAGUCUUAUUCAGGAGGACCCUCCAUUCCCUCAGCUCUCUGUGAGGCAGGAGCCUCAGGGCCAGGAGCACCAGGGAGACUACCAUCACUCGGAAAGCAGUUACCAGCUCUACCAGCUGCACGGGGAGGAGCUGCCGACCUAUGAGCAGGCGAAGGCGCACUCCCAGUAUCUUGCCUCUCAGUGGGCCUCGACAGGCCCCAUCAGCCAGCUCCAUGAGGGGAAGCUCCUGCACGAGGGGGCCUUCCAUGAGGAGGCGGAUUUGAUGGAACUGAAGUGCAGUCAUGCACGGUCACUUAGUGAGCAUCGCAUGCAGAUAUCUCUGGAGAGAAAUGAUGCAGCUGCUAAAGCAGAGGCCAUCAAGAGCACCUCUCACAGCUACCCAGAGCUACCUUACUACACACCACAAGCCCACCAGAGCACAGGGCCGGGCCUGGGCAAACGUAGCCCUCCUCCAGAGUACUCAGCCCCCAUUCAGGGCCAAGGAUUUAUCCCUCAUCAGGUCCUGGAGCCAGUGCAGGCACAGCAGCACAGAUAUGUCCAGUCUGGUCAGCCAGCCGAGGUCCCCUGCUACAGCACUUUCACCAGCCUGCCACCUGCUGGUUUGGAGGAGCCCAACCAGAUCGAGCUUCUGCUGAUGGAGAAUGAGAGGCUGAGGCAAGAGCUGGAGGCACACAGGGAGAAGACUGGUCGUAUUCAGAAGUUGGAGCAGGAGAUCCAGCGCAUCUCGGAGGCCUAUGAGACACUGAUGCAGGGCAGCACUAAGAGAGAAAACCUGGAGCAGACACUGAGGAGGAGGCUGAUGUCUGAGAUCAGGAGGCUGCAGGAUUUCAACAGAGACCUUAGAGAAAACUUGGAAAAUGCCAGAACGCACGUUGCAAAAGAAGUAGAAGCAGCCGACCAUAACCAGCACAUCAUGGCGAAACUCCUUGAACAAAAUGAGGAGCAGAACCUUGAGCGGGAGCGUGCAGAGCGAGAACUGGAGCGGUUGCGAGCCACGGCAGAGGAGCAGAGCCACAGGGCGAAGCGACUUGAGGAGGCCCUGGAGGAAGCUCGAGGACGUGGCCGCCAGCUCGAGGAGGAGUUGAGGAGGAAGAGGGCUUAUGUGGAGAAGGUGGAGAGGCUUCAGAGUGCGCUGGCUCAGCUACAGUCCACCUGUGAGAAGAGGGAGAGCCUGGAGAUGAAGCUGAGGACUCGACUCGAGCAGGAGCUGAGGAGUCUGAGGGCACAACAGAGGCAAUCCCAGCCACCUGGAGUGACCAUGAGCUCCCUCCAAGAGCGUCUGCGUGAACGGGAGGAGCGAAUCCUGGCCCUUGAGGCCGACAUGGUGCGCUGGGAGCAGAAGUACCUGGAGGAGAGCACCAUGAGGCAGUUUGCCAUGGAGGUGGCUGCCACUGCUGCUGCCCAGAGAGACACCACCAUCAUUAACCACUCGCCCUGCCACUCUUCUAACAACAGUUUCAACGAGGACCUGCCAGUUGCUGACCACAGGAAUCAAGAGAUGGAGAACAGGAUCCGUGCUCUGUACGCUCAGAUCUUAGAAAAGGAUGCAGUGAUCAAGAUUCUCAACCAGCGGCUGCACCAGGACCAGGGGCGGAAGGGCGAGCAAAGUCCCCGAACAAACCUCCAGAACGCAGCCGGGGCACCUCUCCGAGCCGCCUCCUCCACCCCCUCCAUCAGCACCAUCAAGAGCAACACAAAGAGUAGAGGUAAAAGUCUUUCAGAUGAUCAGACUUUGCCAAACCGUCAGUUCUCCGCUCAGUCCGAACCUGGAACACUAGAGCGGCAGGUGGAGGGAACCAAAGCCAAAGAGGCUGCCAGCACAGCUAAGCUCCACAGUGACAAGGCAGCUCCUAAGAAGUUGCUAUUAAACCCUUUCAGAGGCCUGGAAGAGUUGGAGUCAGAGGCAGUGGAAAUCUUCAUUUAAAUAACUGAGAAGUGGAUUUUAAAUGAAAAAAAAAAGCAGUUCUGAGAAUCUGUGAAGAGCACAAGUCUUUGAAUAGCAAAUGGAAGAAAAUAUUGGAUGCAAGAAUGUUGUGGAAGGAGGCCAAAGCACGAAAAAAGGACUGUUUUCACAUUUUAGAGACAGAGCUGUGCUCCGACUCACGUAUUCUCACUAAGCUGGACAGCUGCGGGCAGUCGGCCUGGCUGGGUGAGAAAAGAUGAAUAUUCCAAGGUACUUGGACAGUAUUGUGGAUUGUAAUAGGGCAACAUGUUCUCAGAGAGUGUAUGCCAAAAUAUUUAUAUAAAUAUAUAUAUAAAUAAUUGCUGCUCCCCCUCCAUUUAACCCCCCCAUCUCUUUUCCCAAUCCAGUGAAUUAAGAAGCUACAUAUUUGUCUUAUCCUGUUUCCACAUUCCCCAAAUAUUAACUUAAGCCUCAUGUUCUUCUAGAUAAAUAUUCAAUAAAAGGUUAUCUAUGUGACCUGCAUUCCCCUCCUCUCCAGUAAAUGUUAAUCUGAAUAACCUCAUUCCCAUCACAUGGAUGUUAUCUGUUUGGAAGACUUCCCUUAGCUCAAUAAUUUAAGCUGAUAACACAUGAAUCACUGCUGAUUUAAAUGCACUUUCUGUCCAUAUUCAUUAAACCUUAGUAGCUGGUUCUACAAAGGCUUAGAGGUGUGUGAACAGUGAGAUGCAUAAUAUGUAAAAGACAGUUUGGUUUGUUGGGGUUUUUUUUUCCAAACUGACACAGACCUGGUGUUUUUUUUUCUCCUUUUUUUCUGGGAGCGUGUUGCAUCGUGGUGUUGAUGAUUUCUUUCUUUUUUUUUUUUUGAAUGACUUUUUCCUUCUUAGAGUAUGUUUGCAUGUGUGAUUACAGUAUGUGAGUGUGUUUCCUGAUGUGGUGAUUCUGCUGGUUUGGUCACCAUUGUGGGAUAAAAGUUGAAAACUACACCGUGUUGGUUUUUCUGUUUACUGUGAGCUUUGAACUAACAAACAGGUUAAUUAUUAUUAUUAUUAUUGUUAUUGUUAUUAUAUAUUUUAUACAGAUGUUUGUAUUGUUAUUUUAGAUAUAAUAGGGCUUUGAGCAGGAUGCCAAAGAGUUUAUGUUUGUAUGUUUGUUGUAAGUUAUGUGCCGACAAUCACGGUCAUGUCAAGCUGUACCCAACCAACCAAGUGUUGACUUCAAACAGACAUUUCUGUGAACUUCAAACAGUAUGAAGGUUUUUACAGUUGAAUUCAAGCAACAUUUCAUAAAGCAAUAAAAUAUUCUAAUAUACAUUA